UCUGCAUUUUUCGUUGUGGAAAAAAGUGAAGGAAAAAAAAACUCCAGAACGAAAACUGAUGGUGAUGGUGAAUAAUCUCUGCGUCAGCGAGAGAAAAAGUGAAAAUUCAUUAAAAUUUGCCAAAAGAAAAUCGAUUUUGCCAACGGGAAGUGCUCAGUGAAUAAUAAGGCUCGCGGAAAACCAGUGCUGGUGGUGCUUGUGUUUGUGCUUGAACGCUAGACGGGCCGUGACCGGAACCGACGACACGGCAAGAUGUGGUCUUUCUUCUCACGGGACUCGGCCAAAGAUUUCCCGUACGAGAUCGGGGAACCAGUGCAGCAGUUCGAUUCGCGCAGUAUCUGGUCGCUGCACCGGGGCAAACGGAAAGGCGGAAGCAAUGAGGAAGUGUCCGUGUUUGUGUACGACAUCAAGAACGGGACGGAUGUGAAGUUGGAACUGGCCAAGGCCGCCGUGAAGCGACUGAAAACGCUGCGCCACCCGAGCAUUCUGCAGUUUCUGGACAGUCUCGAGACCGACAAGGUGCUGUACGUGGCGACGGAACAGGUGGAACCGCUGGGUACGCACUUUGAGAAACAGGCCGGCGAAGGACCCCAGCGGGAGCUGUACAUGGCAUGGGGAAUUUUCCAAAUUACGCGUGCACUAUCAUUCCUGAACAACGACGGUAACCUGCGCCACAACAAUGUCUCAGUGUGGUCCGUAUUCGUAAAUGCCAGCGGCGAAUGGAAGCUGGGUGGAUUGGAGUACGUCUCAUCGACGGAUGUGGCGUCAGCGCCGCCCAUAAAAAUACCGCCAGCAUUGGAGAUCUACGACCCGCCGGAGAAGAACGAUGCCAGCAAGCUGAAAAGCAUGACCAAAUGUUCCACCGACAUGUGGGGCCUGGGAUGUCUGGUGUGGGAAGCCUUCAACGGACCGCUGAGGGCUCGGGGCAACCUGAAGGAUCUGGCGGGUAUUCCAAAAUCCCUGGCACCACUAUACUGCGAGCUGGUGGGAGCCUCUCCGGCCAGCCGACCCAAUCCGGCCGAUGUGAUUACCAAGUGUCGCAAGCCCGGGGGCUUCUUCAAAAACGAACUGGUCGACACGUUGCUCUUCCUGGAGGAGAUCCAGAUCAAGGACAAGGCGGAGAAGAAUCGAUUCUUCAGUUCCCUGACGCCGCAGUUGGACAGUUUUCCCGAUAAUGUGUGCAAGAAUAAAAUUCUUCCGCAGCUCAUAACGGCCUACGAAUAUGGUGAUGCGGGUUCGGCGGUGCUUGCUCCCAUGUUCAAACUCGGGCGGCUACUCGACGAAAUCGAGUACCAGAAACGGAUAGUGCCAUGCGUAGUCAAGCUGUUCGCAUCGACCGAUCGUGUAACGCGGUCCCGACUGCUGCAACAGCUGGAACUGUUUAUCAAUCACCUGCAGACGGGGGUGGUCAACGAUCAGAUCUUUCCCCAGAUUGCUCACGGUUUUCUCGAUACCAAUCCAACGAUUAGGGAACAGACGGUUAAGUCAAUCAUACAUCUGGCGCCAAAGCUGAACUACAACAAUUUGAACGUCGAGGUUUUACGACACUUUGCACGGUUACAAUCACGGGACGAUCAAGGAGGAAUUCGCACCAACACCACUGUUUGCUUGGGGAAAAUUGCCCCGCAUUUGCAUCCGCAGGUCCGGCAACGGGUGCUGGUGUCGGCCUUCAUACGGGCGAUGCGCGAUCCCUUCCCGCCGGCUCGGGUGGCAGGAAUCCUAGCCCUGGCGGCUACCCAGCAAUAUUUCCUCCUGAACGAAGUUGCCAACCGGAUUCUGCCUGCCCUGUGUCCGCUGACGGCCGAUCCGGAAAAGACGGUCCGCGAUCCGGCCUUCAAGACGAUACGGGGUUUCCUCGGCAAGCUGGAGAAGGUCAGCGAAGAUCCUAGUCUACGGGAGAGCAUGGAGGCGGACGUCCAUACGGCGACACCAUCGCUCGGCAAUGCCGCGGCCACUUGGGCCGGCUGGGCAGUGACGGCCGUCACGGCCAAGUUCUACCGAAGUCAAAGUGACACGGCACGACCGCGGCCACCACUAACCGGUAAAAAUUUGAGUAAACCUGCUUCGCUGGAACAACCAUCCAGUAGUAGUAUUUCAACGACAACCAGCAGCGUCACGUCGAUGACCUCGCUGGAGCAUGAAAGCGCAGACACAUCAGCAUCGGCCAGUGACUACGGUGCGGAUAAUUGGGACCAGGAGAACUGGGGCGAUAUGGAUACAUCCCAAGAUCCUAGUAGUCCUAUGGCCGGUACAUCGAAUCCGCUCUCCGCUAGUCUCAAUAUGAUCGGUAGUGUGAACGACGCUCGAGACGGGUGGGACAACGAAGACUGGGGUAGUUUGGAGGAAGAACCGAACGAAGAUCUGGACGAGAAAGACGAAGACGAGCACAUGCGAACGCAACCGCCGUCGAGGACUCCCAACCAACCAUCGACGGCAAAUGCGUCACCUGCGACAAACUCCAGCAGAGCUGCCUCCACGUCCGCCGCUUCCUCCGCACUGUCCAGUAGUAGUAACAAUACCAACAACAAUCUACCAAACCAUCACACCACCAGUAGUCCGAGCAAGAUGCUGGCCCUCAAAAAUAUGACCAACAUCAUCAACAGCACGACCAACAAUUCCAACUCGAACUGGAACACCAGCACCGGCGACGGCUGGAACGAUGGCGAUUUCGAGCCGAUCGACGAACCCAACACAGGCACUUCCAAACUGGACGAAGCCCGACGGAAGCGGGAGGAGAAGAAAAUGCAACGUCAACGGGAACUGGAAGCGCGGCGUGCUGCGCGAGGUGCCGGCGGGACCGGUGGUCCCAGCAGCGGUCCGAUGAAGUUGGGAGCGAAAAAGAUACAGCUCGAUUGAGUAAGCGAAACCGGCGGUGACGACGAUGACGACGACGACGACGACUACGACUAGGAGUCAGGUGAGACGAGGAUUGUAAGAUUUUGGUCGUCGGCGAUAUCAACACGACGACGUUUAUUGGAAUUUGUCACUGUCGGAGACGUGAGUAUAAUCUACACGUACUUUAACUAUAAGCAGAUUUAUGGUGCAAUCAAGCGUAUGGCCGCCUUUUGGAACGACACUCUCUAAUAAAAAAAAACAAGGGAGGAAAUUUUCGCGAUUUGGGAUUUAGGAAAAAAAAACAUUCCAUCAAACACAGGGACGUGCGCCGGGAAGAAGCGAGAAGCGACAGCGAGGGAAUGGAAAUGAAAACAGGGUUUGAGAGGAGUCAGAUUUUUUCGCACCUUUCGGAGGGCAUUGUCAUUUAUCUUGUAUUAGCUUUAAACUAGAGAAUUAUACGAAUUUAGAGACUUUUUCCUAUAACAAAAAAAAAAUGAUCUUAAAAGUGACCGCGUUAUUUCCGACGUGUGUCGGAUGUCGCCGCCGGCAUUCCCGCGAAUGCAAGUCUUGUACCUACUAUUUCUGAAUGUGAAAUUCGCGGAAUCGAAAAAUAAGAACAGAACAGAUGAUACACACACACAAUUUGACUUCUAUUAUAGAUAGGCAUGAAUCUUAAUUACCAAUAGAUAGUGAGAAAUUUAUUGAAACUAAUUGCACCCUAAUAGAGAGUUUAAACGUCACAGACAUACAAACACGCAUGCCAAAGUCCACGCGUAGCAGCCUCCGGUGUAAUUUUCGCUGUUUUCCAUCCGCAAUGUGGUCGGAAGCGGAACACGGCAGCGGCAGGGUUUGACAGUUGUCGCACCGGAGUCGAUUCGGAGACUUACUCAGAGCAGGCUUAUUCGCUGCCGCUGCCGUUCCGCUUUCGCUAUCAUUGCGUUCGGGCCUUUAAGAAUCAUUUUUUUUUUCGGUACAGUAGGUGUGAUUAUUUCAUAGAUGGCUACGCUUUAAUAACAGCAUAUCUUUUCAAUGUGAAUCUUCUUUUUCUUCAUUUUUUAGAGUGUACAAAUCAUUCGGAAAACUAUAAUUUCUUCUGUUUCAUUUCAUGUGCAAUGAUGGUAAAGCAGUGCAUUAUCUGGAAGUCUCUUGACCUUCCAAACUAUAUCUAGACAUUAAUGUAAUGGUGAUAAGCUCCAACUCGGAUUAAAGUUUAAUACCGUUCCUGUUUGGAUGAUCUGAAAAAUAUUUGCUAACACGACUCUAUGUUGAUUAACUCUGAUGUCGACAUAAAAGCAGCCGGACAUUCUUGAUCGGGAUUUAAUCCGAGGAUAAUACCGGUUGGAGCUCACCACCACAAGACAUUAUUUGAGCUUCGCCGCCUUAAGGUUUUUUUUUAAUCUUGCUGUGAAAAUAUGCAAUUGAACUUGCUCUGGACGCAGUCAACAUUUUCUUAGACGUCAUUAGAAGUUGUCAGAGGUUCUACUGGAUCGUGCACGUGGAAGUGCUUUAAACAUCCAGAAAGCCACUGAACAUUGUGAAACUUCUCCAGCAAGCUAUAUUAUCAUCAGCGCCACCACCACUGCUCUUACAUUUUAACGAUGUCCUCAUCACAUUCCAUAAGAGUAGUGUAUUAGAGAAAGAGGGAUAUAGUAACAAAUUAUCACUAUCAUACCUGUUUUCUCUAACAUGGGAGUUGAUCCACCGACGACCCGGCAAGACAGCUACAUUCAAAUUCAAAUCCCUGUUCAUAAAUUUUUCCUGGAUCUCGUAGAACUUCGAUGAAGAUCUUCAAACUUUCCUGGUGUUCUUCGAACUUCUUUGAAGUUCACAGAACGUCUCUGAAUU